GUCAUUCAAGGUAGAGGGGCUGGGGCCCCAGUCGUCUUCCGAGGCGUUUUAGCAGCAGAAGACGUAUGCAAAUACUUUGAAAGUAUAUAUGGAUGUACAUACCGAUUGUACAACAGGAACAGGAAGUUGGCACAAGACAGGCUGGUGGCGGAGAUGACGGAGUUGAACUUGAGGCCUGUUGAGAAGGAAGAACAAACUCACCCUGAGGAAGAACAAAUUCACCUUUUGGAU